AGACACUUCAAAUGAGGACAUAUGUUAAAGCAUAGAGUCGAUCCUUCUCAACAGUGUUCUGUGCUUUGGAACGGAGACGUUAUUUCAAUUUUUCAAAUAACCAAGCGUUUAACAUGCACCAUUGGCCACGUUUUUUCUACCUUUCCGUAUUAUGCUUCCUGUCCGUUUCAUCGAUAGAUUUACCCGAAUAUCUGCACAUAUGCCACCGCAACCAACCCGACUUGGCAGGCUGUAUAAAGCAGUCUGUCGAGGAUCUGCGGCCCAAUUUAAUCCAAGGAAUACCUGAACUCGGUGUGCCUCCGAUUGAGCCGCUGAUCAUCGAAGAACCGAUAUCGACCAAAGGAAGCGGGUUGACCGUGACGACCAAGGACUUGAAGGCACACGGCGGAGGAAACUUUACAAUCCUGAGCAUGGCGAUCGACAUCCCUUCCUACAUAUACAAAUUCACCAUAGCUUUCGACCAUCUGAAAAUCCUCGGCAAUUACGUCGUCGACGGAAAAAUCCUUAUGAUCCCCAUAAAAGGCGACGGCGAUAUGAUCUGUGAUGUAUACAAUGUCGAGGCAUUUGUGACCAUGCACGGAGAGCAAAUAACUAAAGACGGCGUAAACCAGCUACACUUCAAAGCCAUGGACGUCGACGUUAAUGUUGCCAAUGGGAAAAUAGUCCUCAGCAAUCUGUUCGGCGGAGAAAAACUUCUUGGUGACACGAUCAACGCUGCGAUAAACCUCAACUUCCAGUACUUCUUGAAGGAGCUGAAACCUAUUAUUUCGGAAAGCUUGUCCCUGUUCAUUCUCAGGUCGGCGAACAAGAUCUGCGACGGUCUGCCUUACGACGAAAUUCUACCCAACUGAGCUUUAAAAAAAUCGAAAUGACAAAAUUUAUUUUCCUCCCAUCGAUAAGUACGGAAUACACAAAAUACAAUUAGAUUUUCUACAUUUUUACAAUGAAAAUUUGGUAUUGAUAUUUGUUUAUAUGACAAUUAAAAAUUUAAAAUAUUGGAAUUUCAUCAAUAUGUAAUUAAAUUGAAACAUCAGCGAAUUAUAACAAAAAAUUUCUUAAAACCCUAUAAAGAAUCAUAAUUCUUCAUUAAGCUUUAGGAAUUAUUAAAUUUACAAUUACACUUAAAUUAUUAGAAAUACAAGAUUCAAUACUUAAAUUAUAAAGAAAAAUCAAUCAUCCAAUUUUUGGAUAUCUGAAAAUUGCAUAAAAUAUCAGUAGACAAAAUCAAGUUUAUGUAUUUUUUUCUUUUCUGUCUUUACAUUUAACGAUUUUAAUCCAGCUUUUGUCUAAUAGCCAUCAAUAAAACAAACUAUAGUUUAUCACUAUACAAAAGCCCCAAAAACAGUUUAACAAUUUAUGUCUGUAUUUUUCUGAAAAUUAUUGACAAAAUAAAACAUUGGCUUCAAGCUGUGGAAAAUUUUC